CCGCGUGCGAUCUCUCUGUUCUCAUGAUGGUGGCGUCCAUGAUGGCCGUGCUUGCGCUGUCCGCCGCCGGGCUCUCGCCCCCGCGCCUCCCAGCACGCACUUCGCGCAGCGAGCGGCGCUUUGCUCUGCGACGGCUGCGCGGCGGUGCGACUGCCGACCCGAUCGACGAGAAGCUCUACUCCCGCCAGCUGUACGUGAUGGGCCGUGCCGCGCAGCUGUCCCUCGGGUCGGCGAGCGUGCUGCUGCUCGGCCUCACCGGGCUGGGCGCAGAGGUGAGCAAGAACCUCGCCCUCGCCGGCGUGGCCCAGCUCGACGUGCACGACGCCGAGGAGGCGAGCCUCGCCGACCUCUCGUCCUCGUGGCUGCUAAAGCCGGAGGAUGUCGGGACGGCGCGGCACGCCCAGGCGGUGGACAGGCUCGCGCCGCUCAACGAGCACGUGCGAGUGCGAGCCCUCGGCGGCGACGGCCGGCCGCUGGCGGAGGGCGACGGCCAAGCUGCUUGCCGUCUAGCGGGCGCCGACGGCGGCGAGUGGUGGGAGAGGGAGGGAGCGAUCGACGGGUACACCGUGGUCGUCGCCUGCGACAUGCCCCACGCGCCGCUGGCCCGGCUCUCGGCGGCGGCGAGGGCGAGCGGUGCCAAGCUGGUUGCCUGCUGGUCGGCUGGGCUCGCGGGCGGCGUCUUCGUGGACUGCGGCGAGGCCUUUGUGGUGAGCGAUCCGACCGGCGAGCCUCCACGCCAGGCGCUCCUCGAGCACGUCUCUUGCGGCGAGGAGGGCGUCGCCACGACGGUGCAAGAGCAGCCGCACGGUCUGCAGGACGGCGACGUGGUCCGCUUCGAGGGCGUGCGAGGCAUGGAGGCGCUCUGCGCCGAGGGGCGCACGUUUGCGGUGCGGGCCACCGGGCGGCACACCCUCUCCGUGGGAGACACGCGCGGCUGCGGCGAGUUUGUCGGUGGGGGGCGGCUCGUGCAGGUCAAGCAGCCCGUUUCCCUCGACUUCAAGCCCUUCGAGGCCGCGAGCGAGGAGGUGGGCCAGCUGCUGCACGAAGUCGGCGGCCGCCGCGCUUCCCGCUCCCUCACCCUGCACGCCGCCUUCGCCGGCCUGCACGCGCUGCCCGCCGGCUGCCCGCCCGGCUCCGACCAGCGCGGCGCGGCGCUUCUCGCGGCGGCGCGCGAGGCGGCGGGCGGCGGCGCGGAGCUCGACGAGGCGCUCCUCGUCCGAUUCGGCCGUAGCAGCGGGGGUGCUCUCGCGCCCGUCUCCUCCUUCAUCGGCGGCGUGGCGGCGCAGGAGGCGCUCAAGGCCGUCACCGGCAAGUUCACGCCGCUCCGCCAGUUCCUCUACUGGGACGCCCUCGAGGCGCUCCCCGCCCCGCCGCCCGCCGCCGCCGAGUGCGCGCCGCGCGGAGACCGGUACGACGGGAGCCGCGCGGUGAUUGGCGAGGCGGCGCUUGCCGCGCUGCGGCGCGGGCGCUACUUUGUGGUUGGCGCCGGCGCGCUUGGCUGCGAGUGGCUCAAGUGCCUCGCGCUGCUGGGCGCGGCGACGGACGGCGGCGUCGUGCACGUGACGGACAUGGACCAGAUCGAGCGAUCCAACCUCAACCGGCAGUUCCUCUUCCGCCCGUCCGACCUCGGCGCACCAAAGUCGACCGCCGCCGCGGCAAAGUGCGCGCAGCUCAACCCCGCCUUUCGCGCGGUGGCGCACGAGGCGGCGGUCGGCGCGCCGGGCUCUCCUUUCGACGACGCCUUCUGGGGCGGACUCGAUGGCGUGAUCAGCGCGCUCGACAACGUGAUGGUGCGUGAUCAGCGCGCUCGACAGCGUGAUGGCGUGAUCAGCGCGCUCGACAACGUCGCGGCGCGGCUGCACGUCGACCGCAUGUGCGUGCUCCACCGCAAGCCUCUGCUCGAGAGCGGCACCGCCGGCACCAAGGCGAACACGCAGGUCGUGCUGCCCGGCCUCACCGCGUCGUACGGCGCGUCGGCCGACCCUCCCGACGACGACAUCCCCGUCUGCACGGUCAAGGCGUUCCCGUACGCCUUUUGGAACUCAUACCUCAAACUCGGCUUCCCGCUGGUGGCGCUGUCGGAGCCCGAGCCGCCCGAGACGUUUCAGCUGCCCGCCUCGGCCGACGGCGCUCGCGGCGAGGCGUGGAGCGAGUGGUCGCGCGUGGAGGUGGAUGGCGGGGGCGGCGAGCUCCGCCUCUCGCAGCUCGUGGCGCGGCUCGAGGAGAGGUUCGGCCACGAGGUCUCCUUCCUCUCGACGAGCGGCGGCAUGCUGCUCUACUCGCCCCUCUCGCCGCCCGCGAGCCAGCAGAGGUGGCUCUCCAUGGGCGUGGGCGCCGCGGUGGACGAGGCGCUCGGCGGCGGACGCGGCGGCGAGCGGCUCGUGCAGCUGCAGGCGAGCCUCUACGACGAGGAGAGCGAAGAGGACGUCGAGGCGCCGCCCAUCUUGUACCGCCGGCGCGACUGA